AUGGAUCCGCUAUCAAUAACAGCCAGCAUCAUCGCUGUGGGCACCAUCGCAGGCCAGAUAUGCUCUGCUUUCACCGAACUGAGGUCGCUCUGCCACAGCCUCCCAGGCCGUCUACAUGCGCUGAACAACGAAGUCGCUGACUUGGAGGUUGUUCUCUUCGAGCUCGCGUCUCUUACUGAAAGACGAAAAGCGGUGCUAGAAAGCGAUCUGCUGUCUCUCCAGCAUCUAGUCAAACAGGCGAGAGUCAAACUGCAGGAACUGCAAGGCAUCAUCAACCGGCUACGGAGAACAUAUCGAGAUGCGGCCAUUCCGUUUGUCCUUGGAGGCUUCAGCAAGGAAAAGGCCAGGGUCCACGCGCUCCAAGAAGAAAUCAGGUCUGUCAAGUGUGAUUUGAACAUCAUGCUAGGAACCUCGAACUCGCAAGAUAUGAUUGAUAUGCGUCUUCAGCUGGAGGCCAUAUCUGUUCUCACCAGGGAAUCUUCUCAGGAAAAUCUUGCUUUACAAGGCCAGAUCAUCAGCAGUCUUACCCAUGUUGAUGAGCGAGUAGCUCGAGUCGAGGAACUCUUGCGUUCCCAGGCGCAGAAAGUCAAGGAAGAACAAUUCACACAAGUUGGACCGCUGUAUAAUGUUGCUACCAACCGGGGUACCUCUCUUUCUAGGAAUGCCGUUAUGCCCAGAGACAGGCAGCUAGAAGGAUAUAGUGGCCCAGCUACACCGUAUAGGCUUCGAUGCACUCCAGGAUGUGUAUGUGUCUGUCAUACCCAGCUAAAGAGGGCAUCUCCAGGCCUUUUCAACCGGCUUUUCGGCCAACUAUUCGUUAGGUACUCGGGGAUCCCCUAUCUUUCACCAAGUUGUGAUGUUGAUACCUGCACGAAAUCCCGUGCGAGUAAGAUGUGUAUGGAAUACUGGUUCCCUAUGGGGUUUAAUUCAAUAAUUCUUCGAAUGCAGACCGGGUAUCAAGCAAACACUGGUCUCCUUUUCCAGCUUCAGACCCUGCGAAGUGUUCCAGACGACGCGCAAUGUGUAAAGUUUGCUUUAGACGGGAACAUUGAAGGCUUGAAAUACCUCUUUGCCAAUGGGUUAGCAUCUCCUAGAGAUGUGAGUCCGACGAGGGGAUACACCCUUCUACGAUGGGCACUCUACGGGAAGAAAUAUACCACCUGUGAGUUUCUCAUCCACGCAGGCGCCGACCCGGAUUAUAGGCCUAUAGCUAUGUCAGAUAAUAGCCCGCGAAUCAAGGCGUGUCAUUUCCUGCUGGAAGGCGGCCUACCGGAAGAAGGCACCGAUGCACUGCAUUUGAUAUCAAGAGGUGGCUAUUAUGACGAUUUCAUCGAAGAGUCAAAUUUCACUCAGAUCCAUCGUAUCGUUAUUGGGCUAUCGCUUCGGAGUUUAGAAGAAGAGCUCAAGCUGCAUCCAGAAGAUAUUAACACUCAAGACGCUAUGGGUCGGACGCCGCUGGCUUGGGCGGCAGCACGGGGAGACAGCCACUCGGUAGUGAUCUUGCUGAGCCACGGAGCCGAUCCAAACAUCAUAGACGUACAGAUAUCUGGGCCUGUAUCGAAUGCAGCAGCAAGGGGCUACACUGCCUGUGUUCGAUUAUUGUUGGAGGCAGGCGGCCAUCCGGACCCUCCGAUGCCUCCAAAGGUGAAAAAGGGCUCCCCCCUAAAUGUAGCGGCUCGCAAUGCAACCGACAUCCUCCUGCUCAAGAACCUUCUAGACUUUGGAGCGGAUCCCGAUUCAAGCGGGACGGAUGGAGAUACCCCCCUAAUACACGCUGCCCGAACCGAUAAUGCUAGCUUUGCGAUGUUGUUCCUGGAGUACGGGGCAGAUAUCAACUACAUGUCGGCAACAGGGGCUACUCCUCUAACUACUGCCAUCACCUACAACAGCCACAACGUCCUCCGCUUGAUCCUCGACAAGUGGCAUGAAUAUUCCGAUUGCCCACGCUUAAAGGCUCCAGACUUGCUCCAGGCCGUAGCUCUAUACGCAGAUGUUGAGACGAUGCCCCGAGUUCGUCGUGUCUCUGGGAGUUCAGGGUUUAAGGAAUGGCUCGCCAGCCCGACCUGUGCACCACCUUAG